AAAAGAAACAUACAGCGACAUGGAAACAUCGGUAUGUGGCGGCUGACGACCCUCUGUUGAACAUUUAGUUAGACCCGGAGGAACGAGGAACAAGUAGGCAAGGUCCUCUGGUCUAGUUUAUCAAAUGGCAAGUCAAGAUGCAAAAGGAGCUGGAAUUACUCUGACUAUUGAGGUAAACAUCUAUUUAUAUUUCCGUUGUUAGGCAUACAGUAUAUAACGUAUGAAAAUUCGACACGAGGGGUUGAUAAUGUUGUAUUUUGUUAUUGGUUGACCUGUUUAUGUUGUUUUUGUAUUUUAAUGCGUUACACAUCAGUGUUGUCACGGCGAGCUUCAACAGUUGUAGUAUUUCCCGAAAGUUAUUUGUUCCUUUUGUUUCUUAAAAGAAGUGUCACUCUUCCCUCAUUACAGCCUGACAAAAGAAGACAACAGAAAGAAAGCGAACAGUCCUUCCCAUCCACAUCAAAGUCGUCCCAGACCGAGUCAACAUGGCAUGGUUUUGGGCAGAAGGUGCGUCUCCUGGCCCCUUACCUGUGGCCCCGGGGCAGCCUGUCUCUUCAGUUAAUGGUCCUGCUCUGUCUGGCCCUACUGGCCAUGGAAAGGGUCAUUAACGUCUUUGUCCCCAUCUACUCCAAAAACAUAGUGAAUAAUCUGUCUGAUGGCAGCAGCUGGAGGACCCUGGCCACCACCGUGUGUAUUUAUGUCCUGCUCAAGUUCCUCCAGGGUGGAGGGGCAGGUACAUCAGGGUUUAUCAGUAACCUGAGGUCCUUCCUGUGGACGCAGGUCCAGCAGUUCACCAGCAGGGUGGUUCAGGUCCGUCUGUUUGGUCACCUCCACUCCCUGUCGUUGCGCUGGCACCUGGGGAGACACACUGGGGACGUUCUGAGAAGUGUAGACCGAGGAACAUCUUCUAUCAACAACUUGCUCAGCUACAUCAUAUUCAGUAUCCUGCCCACCAUCGCUGAUAUAGUCAUCGCCAUCCUCUACUUUGUGUCCUACUUCAAUGCCUUGUUCGGCCUCAUCGUCUUCAUCUGCUUGCUGAUCUACCUCAUUUUCACCAUCCUGAUUACUGAGUGGAGGACCAAGUACAGACGAGACAUGAACACUCAGGACAACAACGCCAAGUCUAAGGCUGUGGAUUCACUGCUCAACUUUGAGACGGUGAAAUAUUACAAUGCUGAGGGGUAUGAAGUGACCUGCUUCGAGGAGGCAAUUCUGAAGUACCAGCAGUCAGAGUGGAAGACCAACGCCUCAUUGGCCCUACUGAACCAGACCCAGAACCUGAUCAUUGGCUCAGGGCUAUUAGCAGGAUCUCUGCUCUGUGCUUACAUGGUCACAGAAGGCCAGUUCCAGGUUGGUGACUAUGUCCUGUUUGGCACCUACAUCAUCCAGCUGUACACUCCUCUCAACUGGUUUGGUACAUAUUACAGACUAAUCCAGAGUUCCUUUAUUGACAUGGAGAACAUGUUCAAGAUCUUAACAGAACACAAAGAGGUGAAAGACGAUGUCAGCGCCACAGACCUCCAGUUGACAACAGGCGAGGUGACGUUUCAGAACGUGUGCUUCAGCUACACUGAGGGGAAUGUGAUCCUCAGGGGCAUAUCGUUCACUGUGACGGCCGGCCAGACUGUUGCUCUGGUGGGCCAGUCUGGUUCAGGUAAAAGCACGAUCCUCCGUCUGCUGUUUCGCUUCUAUGACGUCCAGGGAGGAUGCAUCCGUAUUGAUGAACAGGAUAUAUCCAGGGUGAGUUAA